AUGUUUUGGCCCGCCGCGAUUACGAUCCCAAAUUGCAUGUUAAAAGCUAAAAUUACGAUAAGUCUUGAUAUGCAAUUCCGAAUCCUUGCCGGAAGCCCGAACAUAUCUGAUUCCAUUAUGACGGUGAUUAAAGCUAUCUUUUUUACUCGUACAGCUACGAGUUCGGUCAAAGCCUCAAUUAAAAACUCAAAUAAUGCCUUUCUCCCACCGGUACCUAACCUACCCCACCAUGGACCACUAAAACAGGGGAAAACUUUUAUGCAACUCCCGUCCGUGUGUAAGAUUUCUGAGAGAUGGCUAACACGCUGUUUCAGUAUUCUGGGUGAUACCGGUAUGCGCAGGUACGGCAAAACCGGUAGCUUUGCCAGACCUUUUUCCACCUGUGAAGGAAAAAAAGAAAGAAAAAAGAAAAAAAGCCAAGAUUGGGCCAUUCGUCUUGUUACACUCACCGAAAUCUGACUACCGUAACGGUACUCGUACUUGUAGUAAAAAGUUUGGAUCGCUUCACUUACCGAUACCGGUACGAGCAGUGACCCCUGGUACAUACUCGAGCACAGCAUAUAUUGUACGGUGCCGGUAAGUGCUCGCCCAAAAUCCCUCCUGUGCCGGAGUAACUGUGCUUUUACAUCCGCUUCAUCUUCAGCUUUAAGCUGCCUCUUAAGCCAUCGUGCGGUCACAACGAACCCAGCCUCUCCGCUCCACCACGAGCCUUGGGCCCCUCCUCCACCGCCGUUUCACCUGGACAGUAGCUUUACCGUAGACUACCGGUGCACCGGUAGUCUGCUGAGCUUCGAGUUUCCAAUUGCCGCAAACUGAGAAGUGAGGGUUGUGGUGGCAAUCAUGUGCAAAGUGCGGCCGAUAGAAUGUAGAUAUAUAUAUAUAUGUAAGGUAUCGGACCGGGAAUCAACUGCGGAAAUUUCCACCUCCGGGUUUGGCUCAAAAAAGGGGCCAUCUAGUCUAUGUAUGAUAGCAUAAUUGUCUUCCCUGUUGUUUAUUUUUUUCUUCUUCUUCUUUUAAAGUUGCAUUUUAACUUAUGGUAACUGGUUCACUUCCCCG